CCGAUGCACCCACGGUAGAGGCGCACCCAACAUGUUCAGCGUGCGCUCCAUUGUCCUCCUGGUGCUAUCCUACGUCGUAAUCCCGCGCCUCACAUUUCUCCCGCCGAACAUCCAUACGUUCCUUUCGAUUGUCGGGCCCUUUCUUAUUCCCUACACGUGGGACUUGAUACAGACGGCGCGCGCGACUUCAAGAAGCGGUCCCAUACGGCCGACGCCAGCGAGAGUUCAAUAUGCGCUCAACCUGUUGUUUGUGAGCGCAGUGGUGUGCCUCGUUCUCUCGUUUUCACGAUUUGCGCCCGAGAACAUCUUCCUCCAGACAAAGAGUCACAUACGGACGGAGACCAGCGUCUUGUUUCUGCGACUGAGGCUCCUGCGGCCGCUGACAGCCGCGGACGAUGCGCUACGAGAAAAGUUCACAUGGAGUAUACGCAAUAAACUGCUCUACCUCGCAUACGGCCCGGACACGCUUUUGGACUGUACUUGGUGCAGCGCAGCCGACGGAGACGACCAGCGAAACUACUUUAUAUACUCGCUCCCUGAGAUCGUCACGCCGCACAUCGCCCAACUAUCCGCCCUCGGUCUCGCUACGUCGUCGCUGCUCGCGCCCGAAUGCUCGCGCUUCCGCACACACGCAGCCAUUGCAGGGGUAUUGUCAAUGGUGGUGGAAAUAUGGUACAUGGGCACAUAUGACAUCUUUGUCAACAAGCAAGCCAAAUACGUGCAGGAUCUCGAUUCGGCAUACUGGCGCGUCCGCUUUCUACGAUACAUGGCAUUUGCUCUGGUCGACAUGGGCCUGGCGUUUGUGCUCUGGGCGACGAGUACGAACCGGUGGCUGGCAAAGCCCAUUUCGAUUGCGGAGCGGAUGGAGACGACGACGCGCACGGCUGAAGAGACGUUCAACAAGAUGCGGGCAUUGGCGCUGCUCACAAACUCUGUCAACCGCGACCCGGCGCUGCGAGGGGUGAGAGAGGAAUACUGGAGGACAGAGGGACAGGUGACGGCAGAGGUGGUGCAAGACGAGACCGUGACUGAGCAGAUUAAUGCUGCGAUCAGCAAGCUGGACUUUGUUGCUCUCGAGGGGCGUGUUGGCGAGGUUGCAGAUGGAAUUAUCAAGGGCAUUGAUAGUCUCGCGGCAGGUCCCACGUUAUCCGCGAGUCAGAUGGGCUAGGUUUUGUCAUGUCGUGCAUUCGCACGCCGCUCGGCGGUCUUAUCUGAAGGACUGGGGGUGGACGGAUAGAAGUGGAGGGAGGAUGGGCUACCUGCGGAAUCUUGGUGGG